UCUGAUAACCUCGUGGUUUGCCGUAGAUAUUUCAAGGUAAUAUCAAAGACAGCGCUCUGGCUUGCUAAUACUACGUUUUAGUAACAGAUAAAAUGAGCGGAAAGAAAGCUGAUGGACGAACGGGUGGCGUCAUGGGAUGGAUUAGCUCUGCUUGUCAUUUCGCGGCGGACAGAAAUGAUUUUAGAAGGAAUCUCCUCGUAAACCUUGGUUUAUUUGCAGCUGGUGUUUGGGUCGCUAGAAACCUUUCAGAUUUUGACUUGAUGUCCCCGCAGCCAGUCACGUAAUGCCUGAUAAACGAUCAUAAUUUUACAGGUUGCGGAAACUGAAGAACAGAGACAUUUUCCACAGCGGGUCUUAUUGUACAAGCUCAUUCAACAAAAGGGAAUAAACCCCAGGAAAUUCCCGACUACAACUGUAAAUCUUUUUUAUACAUAAUUGUUUUGUUGAAAUAAAGCUGACAUGUCUGGAAUAUUUCCCUACAAACA